AUGUCCACGUCUCCUCGCGAAUCGCUUCUCGCUCGCCAUCGCCAGCUAGCACCAUCCGCUGCCAUUCGGGUCUCUCCCAUAUGCCUUGGAGCCAUGAACUUUGGAGAUGCAUUCAAGGACAGACUGGGUGAAUGUACCAAGGACAGCGCCUUUGAGAUACUGGAUCACUUCUUCAGCCAAGGUGGAAACUUCAUCGAUACAUCAAACGGUUAUCAGGCUGGGCAAUCGGAAAUGUGGCUUGGUGAAUGGAUGGCCACCCGACAGAAUCGUGACCAGAUCGUACUUGCAACCAAAUAUUCCGGUGUCAGCAGACAUCCACCAGAGAACAUUCAUCUGAGAUCCAACUUCGGAGGGAAUGGAAGCAAGUCUAUGCGUCUCUCUAUUGAGGAAUCUCUACGCAGACUCCAAACAAGCUAUAUUGAUGUUUUCUACGUGCAUUGGUGGGACUAUGCUACCUCGAUCGAGGAAUUGAUGCAUAGUCUCAACGACCUCGUCACAUCGGGAAAAUGUCUCUACCUCGGCAUAUCUGAUACCCCGGCAUGGGUUGUCGCGAAAGCAAACCAAUAUGCCCGUAUGAGCGGCUUGCGACAGUUUUCGGUAUACCAGGGCAUGUGGAACGCCGCGCUGCGGGACUUCGAAAGGGACAUUAUUCCUAUGUGUCGCGCCGAAGGGAUGGGAAUCUGUCCGUAUGGUGUGUUAAACCAAGGACGUUUCCAAACCGAAGAGGUCUAUCAGGAACGAGAAAGUAACAAUCCUGGACGAAAAUACACAGCGGUGUCGGACCACGACAAAUCUGUCGCCAAAGCUCUUCAAGACAUCUCUGCAAGGAAAGAUGCAGACACUAAAAUUACUCAGGUGGCGCUCGCUUAUGUGAUGCAGAAGGCUCCUUAUGUCUUUCCCAUCGUGGGGGGGAAGAACCUUGUCCUUGAAGAUAAAGAAGUUGAGGAGAUUGAAUCAGCGUACCGUUUCGAUCCUGGAUUCCCUCACACAUUCCUGAGUGGUACUCUCUUGAAGGGCCAUGAUGCCACCCCCAGAGGUGCUUACAACGCAAGCGACGUCUGGUAUUUGGAAACCAUGGGUCCGAUCGAUUUUGUUGAGCCGCAGAAAGCAAUUCAGGUAAAGGGGAAGUCGACGGCCUAA